AUUAGGUUACUGCUUCAUAUUUAUCCUCUCUAGGUGAGAACCAACCAUAGAGACCUCCCAAGAGAACGCCAGGCAACAAAGUCCAUGACAGCCACAGCCUAUCAAACUCAGGGAGGAUCUGGAAACUAUCUUCAUGUAGCUAUUACAUCUACAGAGAUUAAGGCCGGAGAUAACUUACCUGUCAAUUUCAAUGUGAGGGGCAAUGCAAAUUCACUGAACCAGAUCAAAUAUUUCACAUACCUUAUAUUGACUAAAGGGAAGAUUUUCAAGGUUGGCAGGCAACCCAGGGGAGAAGGGCAGAAUCUGGUGACCAUGAAUCUGCGCAUCACUCCAGAUCUCAUCCCUGCCUUCCGGUUUGUGGCUUACUACCAAGUGGGAAACAACGAAAUUGUGGCUGACUCUGUCUGGGUGGAUGUGAAGGAUACCUGCAUGGGAACGGUAAGUCAGCCUUCCCAGUACACUUUCAGGAUAUGGGACACAAUAGAAAAGAGUGACUUUGGCUGUACAGCUGGCGGUGGCCAGAAUAAUCUGGGUGUGUUUGAAGAUGCUGGACUGGCUCUGACGACCAGCACUAAUCUCAAUACCAAACAGAGAUCAGUUGCAACGUGUCCUCAACCUACAAAUCGGAGGCGUCGCAGUUCUGUUUUGCUACUUGACAGCAAGGCAAGCAAAGGUAUGUGGCAAAUAAUGAAGUUUCUGUUUACACUGAGGUAAAAGAAUAAAACUACA